CAACUUGCUCCUUGGCGUUAAGGGGGGAUCUGAAAUUCCGGAUGCUCGUUUGCUAAGCUUUUUUGUUAUCCGGGUGAGGUUCGCCUUGGGAGGAACAGCCUCAAGGCCGAGAUAUUCAAUUCGUUCCAGAUACGGUUGUUCCAUCUCCCUGCCACCCCACGAACACAAGCUAGGAUCUUAGCAUCUCCCAAGUCUGUUGCACGGCAGCCAAUCGCGUUGUACAUAGUCGGGAUCGUUUCGAGAUGUCGUUAACACUCGGAGUCACUGCCAAGUUAGGACCACUCUUCCUCGUCACGGCGCUUCGGCACUUUCUUGACAAGUUUGGCGUGACCGAGCCGACGGGUUCAAAGGCAAAGGAGGAGUUUUCGUACGAUGAAGCGUUUUCGUUCGUGAAGUCAUUUCUCGAGGCUACUUCGAGGCACACAGUAGAGGAAAUGCAGGAAUUCUGUAACACCCGAAUUCCAGCGUCGCCCCAUGUUGUUUCCAUACGACUCCUUGUCCCAUUAAGUAGUUGCAAUCAGGCUGCGACGUACUUGAUCAAAGUCCUAGGAGGUGAGGAACAUGCUCGGCGUAUCGUGGGGGGCACGCGCUGGUGGCAAGUACGCGGUCUCAAAGGUAUAGAUGCAAACUGGAUUGCAAUGAAGAAGGAUUGGAAAAUUGCAAAGAAGCAGAGACAGAUGAGUGCUCAAUGGAAGAAGGAAAAUGGUGCCCAGGACGAUGUCGAAAAUCGGCAGGAGUCCCCCGAAAGUGACGAUCAACAAUAUUCGUCAGAGUUGGACCCACUUCGGUGCAUGUACUACAUUCAUGGAGGUGGGUACUUCUUCGGAUCCGUUGACCAGUACAGGUACUCCCUUCAGCGGUAUGCGAGAAAUCUGCUUGAUCGGCGAUUGACGUGCCACGCGCUAUCUGCCCUGUUAGCCAUAAAUUACCGCCUCGCCCCGCAGUACCCUUUUCCCUGCGCCAUUCAUGACGCUCUCGCUGGCUAUCUGUACCUGUUGAAGCCUCCGCCUGGUGCUUCGCAUGAAGCGGUAAACCCAUCUCAAAUCAUUAUUGGUGGGGAUAGUGCUGGUGGCGGAACCGUGCUAGCGCUACUGCAAGUUAUUCGUGACGCAGGGUUGCCGCUUCCUGCGGGAGCUGUAUUAAUCAGCCCAUGGGGAGAUCUCACGCACAGCUUCCCGAGCGUGUUCGAGAACACGGUGACGGACAUCGUUCCAUCAAAUGGACUCAGUCUCUUUCGCCCUUCGACAUUGUGGCCCCCGCCUUCCGAGGAGAUGGAAACCGAAGUAAAGGGAAGACUCACCACUCGCAUACGUGACAUCGUGAGGGUGGACAACAUCAAGUCCGUCCUCACUCCUUCGAGGGCGACAAUUGACUUGCUGCCAUCUCCAUUGGGGAGAUCUACCGCAACGUCUGGUGGUGAAUCGCCAACUUCUCCUUCCGAUGCGCCUCGAACCAUCCUUGGUGACACGGUCAUUGAGCCACCAUCACAGGGAGAGGAAACGAAGCAUGCGAUGGAGCCGAGCCUCAGUGGUCUGCAUCCGAGGGUGGUGUACCCUCCUGCAGAAGAUCCCAAGGCUCAGCCGCAUACCGAGUUGCCCCAAAUGAGGGGAAAGGCCAUUGUGCUGGAUGUCGAUGGUAAACCGGUUGAGAUAAAGAGCCAGAUUCAGUUGUACGCGAUGAACCAUCAAUUAACCCAUCCUCUCGUCUCGCCCGUGUUGAGCUAUCUAGGCGGGCUUCCACCUUUGUUCGUCAUUGCAAGCGAUAAGGAGUUGUAUCCUCCCCUGAGAGGCAUCGAAGAACGAUACGGACCAACUAAUGUACAUCUUCAGAUAUAUGAUGAGACGUGUCAUGUCCUCCCUAUGUUAUCUUUCACAACGCCAGCGAAGUUUUGCUAUCGAGCUAUCGUUGCCUUCUGUCUUCAUGUUGCCCCCGGCUCGCUCGAUCGACAUCUUUCGAUUCGUGUUCCGCCUCCAUCGUCAUUUGACAGCCAAUCGUCGGCUUCAAGUUCAUCACCGAAUAAUCCACGGUCGACAUCGGCAUCAACAUCACUUUCGGAUGACUCCGCCGAUCGUCGGUCUCCCUCGACCACGCCAACUUCCCGAAGUCUCUUUCAUCGCGUUUCUAUGAAAUCUAGGAGCUCCCUGCGGUGGCCUGUAGUCGCAUCUCCAACAUCGGAAAAAUCGGAAGAAUGGGAGGAGGUGGGGCCAAGAUUCGCGCCGCGCCGGUCCAAGUCUGGACCUGGUUAUGCUGGCCAUGCCAAUGUUUACAAAACAGACGAUCCCAACGCGUCACCAUUCAAAGACCACAUGAUUCGGGAGCGGGUCUCGAUGAAGGGUGAGCUUCGAGAGCUGGAACCCUCUUCCCAACUUGCUGGCUGCAUACAUCCCUUCGAAAAGAUCGGGAAAGUGAACGAGACGGGCGCGAAACGUUACCUCUCCGGUCAGGCAUUGUGGGAUAAGAGAUAUGCCAAGGAUGUCCAGCGCGUUGCGAAGAAUCGGCAGAAACACCUCAAGCUUGCGAAAGAAGAAACGCAAAAAUCUCUUGAGAAGUUGAAAGCUCGCUUAGAUGAAUUUAGACUGCAUGAAGAUGCUGGUAACGGAGGCGCAGUUGCGGAGUGUAGCCCCAGUUCCUCUGACAGCGUGGACAAGUGGGAUAUAAAUUCGCCGUUGUGGAAUUGGGGUUGGGCGCUGGAGGGAGAGAAUCCGCCACCGUCUAGUAUUGUCGCUCGGCGGGACACUGAGGAAGCCAGGCGAUUAAGUAAAAUUGCCGAUAAACGACUGGAUGAACAAGAGGUACGGGCAAGUGGCAAUAACGUUUGGGCUAUUGCGGUGGAUACCCUCACUCGUGGCUCUUACAAGCAAUGGAAGGCGAGACCGGCUACAAAGGAUCGGAAGAGCUUAUUCGGGUUGUUCCAGGGUGGUGUCAAUGACCCAUUUCCCGAGGAGACUCUAUGAGAAUAUCUCGAUGUACAGGAUAAUUGUGUUAUAUAUAAGAUGGUCGAAAUGAUGAAACUUGUUUUAUAUUAGAUUCAUUGUUGAUCGUAAAGCGGAACAACAGAAGACAGAAGAAGAGACUCAA